AUUAUUUCUCUAUGACUCCAUAAUGUCACUGUCUAGUUGACAUUUCACAGUGACAGUGACGUUUCAAAAGUUUAAAAACCUGCACUCUGGUUGGGAAUUUACCGCAUUUAGAAACAAAUGUAUUUAUAAGUAUAACCUUAGUUGAUCAAUAUUUUUUCCCUUACAUGUCUUACAUAACGUUCAUUUUCGCUUACGCACCUUCCUAAGUGCAGGACGUGUUUAAAUUAAGAAUCAAAACAUAACCUCUCUGCACUUUCAUAAACAGUUUCAAUAAAAAUGUUUGUGUGUAAAAGUUUGAUAGUUCGGACGAAUAUUUGGAGGAGACAAUUAUUUUGUAAUCAUGCCGUGAAUUGUGUAAUACAACCUCAUUUAAACCAAAGGGGGACAUCUACCUGUCUUCAGAACAAGUAUACAUUUGAAAAUGAAAGUGUAAGGAAUAGAUAUAAUUUAUUUAAUUUAUCAAUACAUAGAAAAUGGUGCUCAAAAGGCUUAAUAGAUGAAAAUCAAAACAAUUUAAAUGUUCAGCAUGGGAGUGUACAAAAGAAGAUCACAGAAAUAUUUCCGUUACCAAGAGUUACGUUGAACGAGCUUGCUUCUAAGACACCGGAUAAAGUAUUUGAUAUCCACUACAAACAGAGUAGUGUUGCACCAAAGGGAGUUUCAAAGAGGACUCAGAAUAAUGACUGGACUUGUACUUAUACUUUUGUUUGGCCGGAGAAAGCUAAGUUUGAAGGCACAGCAAUAUCAAAACGUAAUGCAGCAGAGAAAGCGGCUACCCAAGCCCUCCACUGGUUAUACAUAACAAAGAGGAUUGACAGCAAAGGCCAGCCCAUAUAUGAUAAGAAUGUUCUAGAAAAUAUCAAGAGUACCCUCAAUGAUCCAAUACAUGUCACUAUCAGUGAUAAGAGUAUGGAAAAGGUGCAAGAGAUUUGGAAUGAAUAUGAGAGUGGAAUAAAGGACAUUUAUGAAGCUACAUUUGAGAAGGCUAAACAUAGGAUUAUACAUUCGCCAGCAGUAUUAACUAAAGAUUCAACUAUUGAUGAAGAUGAUUUUUCAGAAGAUGAAGAAUUCAAUAACAUGAAUGCUAUAUCAGAAAUAAAAACCCAUGUACAUCCUGUAUAUGGGAAAAAUGUGAAAACUCCAGCCGCAUCAAUCCUCGAAAGAAGAAAUCGUGUUCUGAACAAGAAGUUUCAACAAUAUGAUGAAGAUCUUUCACCUUUGCCCAUAGAUGAAUAUAGGGACCAAAUAACUUCAACUCUGGAUCAAAAUCGUGUCCUAGUAAUAGUAGGCGCGGCGGGCUGUGGGAAGUCGACGCGCGCGCCGGCGGCCAUACUGCGGCAGUGCGGCGCGGGGACCACAGCCAUUGUGUCCGAACCGCGCCGAGUGGCGGCCGUAGGACUCGCUGAGAGGGUCGCCAGUGAACUUGGAGAAGAGGUGGGAGAAUCAAUUGGUUACCAGGUGAGACUCCAAGCCAAGCCCCCGAAGCCUCCCGGUGGCUCCAUACUGUACUGCACCUCAGGAGUCUUGUUGAGGAGACUGCAGACAAAUCCGGGCCUCUCCGGCUGUAGUCACGUCAUCAUAGAUGAAGCUCACGAGCGUGACGUAAACACUGACGUCACUCUUCUGUUGCUAAAGAGGGCGCUCAGCAUAAACAAGGACUUGAAGAUAGUUAUAAUGAGUGCUACAUUGGAUAUUGGUGUAUUUACGAGCUAUUUCAACCAAUGUCCUGUAAUAGAAGUCCCGGGUAGAACGUUCCCCGUUGAAAUAUUGCACUUGGAAGAUAUACAGAAGAAAUUCAAUUUGAAACUGUCGCAUACUUUGGAGAACUGUCAAAAGGAAGAUGGGAAACCUCAAUUGAACUGUCAAGAGGUAGUCGAUAUAAUAAAAGCAAUCGACAAAACACAAAAAGAAGGCGCCAUACUUGUUUUCCUCCCCGGUUGGAGUGAAAUAAAAAUGACGAAGCAAUUGCUAGACGAUCACUUUGGACAGAAAGCUACGCAUUUGAUACUGCCAGUGCAUUCUAGACUAUCAACCACUGACCAAGCAAAAAUGUUCGCGACCCCACCGCCCGGCGUCCGUAAGAUAGUGCUGGCCACCAACGUGGCCGAGACCUCCGUCACUCUGCCCGACGUCGUGCAUGUACUAGACUCAGGGGCUCACAAGCAGAACCGACUCAAGGACGGAACGGGGACAGCUAGUUUGGAGACAGUUUGGGUGUCUCUUGCUAGUGCCAAGCAAAGGACAGGCCGUGCUGGGAGAGUACAACCAGGUCACUGCUAUAGGAUGUAUACCAGCGAAAAGGAAUCUGAAUUUGCACCACACAAUACACCUGAGAUUUUAAGAGUUCCACUUGAACAAACUGUAUUAGAGUGCAAGUCGUAUGCUCCAGAUGAGAGGAUCGGCAGCUUCCUAUCAGAGCUACCAGAACCGCCCUCGGAGAAAGCUAUCCGGUACGCUGUAAAUGAUCUUAUGGAAAUAGGAGCCCUCACCCCUCUAGAGCAGUUGACCCGCAUAGGGUCCUUGCUAUCCUCCAUCAGCCUGCCCCCGCGCCUGGCCCGCAGUGUCCUGUCCGCCGCACUGUUGGGCAGUCUGCCCUCUGUGGCUAGUGUGGCUGCACACGUGACUACCAACACUGAGGUCUUCGUCAACGCCGCCGAUAGGAGAGAUGAAAUACGUGAAUUCAAACGCAACUACAGCCCGACAUCGGACCACGCGGCGUUAUAUGGUAUCCAGGUGGACUUCGAGAGACAAUCCCUAGCCGAUAGAGAGCGCUUCUGUUCCAACCGUGGCCUGAGGCCAGACAGACUGGCCUAUAUACGAUCCCUCACAAACCUCAUUCUAGAACAAGUCCUCAAAUCCAGCAUCAUAGCCCCGACCACUGAUGCGGAGGAACUGAGCCAGUUCUCCGAGAUUGAGGAGUUGAUGGCUGGAGUACUGCUGUCCGGAACUGAUGCGAUACUCACCACGCGGAGACAUGUACAGACUAAGAGGAAGCUGAAGACUGUUGUGGAUGUUAUUACCAGUACAGGCGAGCGAGCCCACAUCGGCAGCGAGAGCGUGAACCACAAGAUCCCGAAGCAGUCGCGGCCCGCCCUGCUCGCCUACUGCGGGGGACAUCACUCCGCUGAACGAAGAGCCCUCGUCGUGUACAAGACCAGUCUUGUGCCCCCACAGACACCUGUGAUAUUCUGUAUGGGGACCCUUGAUAAGGAAGAGAAUGGUGAUAUGACAGUCCUGAGUCUACCAAAGCAUCGUUUGAAAGUACACAUUCCUACAAGCCAAUCCGAAUACAUCAUAAAAGCCAGAGAAAUGUUAUGGAGAACUCUUGAAUACUACUUAGAGAGGGACGUCAAAACAUUAGAGUAUGAGCAUCAUGAAAAAGUUACAAAAUUCAAACUCAAGUUGGUUAAAGCCAUCGGCAGAAUAUUAGUGGAAGGGCAUCGGGAUUAUAAUUUAAAACCUAGAACCAGUGUAUUUGAAAGCUUCAGAUAAAAGUAAUAAUCAUG